AUGGGUCUUUAUAGAUUAUUUAGCUAUAACGUGGAAGUUCAAUAUAAGAGUUACUUUUUUUCCAAAGCCAUGCUCUUUGCUCUUACAACAUCUGUGUUGAAUAUCAUUUUACCCUUAAUAUUUGCUUAUAGAAGCAGAGGUUUCUGGUUGAAGACUCAUCAUUUUUAUGAGCAACCCAUGGUUAAAUCAACCUAUGAUUAUGUUAUCAUUGCAGAAACAGAGGAUCCCAGUAUAUCAAUUGUGUGUGGAAAUGGUAAUAUAAUGCACUUUGAUGAACUCUGUUCAGAAGUUCAGAUACAGGAAUUUGAUAACAAUAAGGAUACAAUAAAUGAUAUAAUAAGCUUUAAGUUGAAACUAAAUGUACCUGAGAACCAUACCAUAAUGUCUGUUAUUUUAAUCUUAGCUCUUGAUUUUCAUUUAUUGACUGUGUGUCCCUUGCAAAUGCAAGCAUUAGGUGUUAUCAAUAAAGAGUUCAGCAUUCCAGCAUCAGGAGUUAAAUAUCAUGGAAAUCUCGAAUUUUAUCAAACAUCACACCUUCCGUGUUUAAGACAUCACAUAGACACAACCUACAAUACAUCACUUCUUAAUAGCAUAGACAAUAAUCAAGAUGUUACAAUUGAUUUCAUUCUGGAAAGUUAUUUUACAAGAGAAGUGUUAUCACAAAUGAACCCUAUGUUUGUAAGAAGUAAGCAUGGCCAUACUGGAAUAUUGGACUUUGAAUUGUUUUUAAAAAUACCAGAAGUAAAAGUUCUCUAUAUUCCUAGCUUAUUGCAAGAACUUAAGUGGGCAUGGCCUCAGUAUCUCUCAUUGGUAAUUGUUUUCUAUUGGAUAAUUCGUAAAAUCAAAAGUUUUGUCUUUAGGAAUCGCCUACUAAUGGCUUGGGAAAUAAUUCCUUGGAAGACAAUGGAUAAUAAAUAA